GUGGCCAUUUUCGUGGUGGGCUUUUUGGUUCUAGAUGUCGCGCGAACAACAUGCUCCAAGGCCCAUGUCGUGCCCUCCUCGCCGACCUCUCCGCAAACAACCACAAAAUGAUGCGGACGGCUAACGGUUGGUUCUCUUUCUUCAUGGCUGUCGGAAACGUCCUCGCCUACGCCGCCGGCUCCUACUCAAAACUCUACAAAAUCCUCCCAUUCACUAAACCAAAAGCCUGCGUCACCGACUGCACGAAUCUCAAAUCCUGCUUUGUAAUCGACAUUAUCUUGCACGUCGGAUUGCCCUGCAAAGCCCCGAGGUGGGUCUUCGGGGUAGACACUCCGAUGCUUAAGUCAGCAAUAAUUGAAGCUAUACCUUUAGAACGAAGAAGCAAGGAGCUUAGGGUUGGUUUCAAUUACCUCUUUGGCAUGGCCCUUAGGGGAUGCAAGGAUGUCCAUCGUAACUGCUGUGCAGCUCAUCACAAAGGAUCAGGUGUGGGCAUUCCUACCGUUGCUGUCAUGCAGCUACUUGAGCGAAAAUCUUCGGAUUUAUCCUUCACUUCGGUCAUAAAGGAAUUAUUGUCAUACGUCCAAGGUUGGGCACCUCGAACCUAUCCUUACACUAUUCCCCCCCGAAGUCAUUCACUUGUGAAUGAUGUUGUUAGAGGUAAUGGGAGCAGUGCGUAAAUAGAAAUGAGAGGAGAUACAAGUAUAAAAGAUGAGUUACAGAAGUAAAAAUGGAAAUAAAAAUGAAAAUGUGUA